GGAAGUCGCAUCGUACCAUUUCUAACAUAGAUUAUUGCCCACCCGCGAUACAACACCAAACCCACUACUUUCGAAAAUGUCCGCACAAGCAGCAGCAAGAGUCGGCGCACAAGCAGCCAAGUCUGCAGCCAAAUCUGCAGAUGGCCAUGUGCUUAACAAGGGCGCAAAAAGAGAUCCUGAACUCUACGUUCUGUUCGGUGUGAUGGCCGGUGCCUUUGGUUUGGCCGGCUACUACUUCGGUGGUAAACCCACUUCAGCUACCUCGGAAGCUAAAGUAAACAUCGCUCCUGGUACCAUGCCAUGGCAGACUGAGAGCUCCAAAGGCGAUGCCGCCAGACAGGACUUCAAAUACCAAUACCACCCAGCCGGUGACCCAAGAAACCCACCCAAGGACGCACCUAGCGCAUUGCACAGCGUUAUCGUUCCCAACGUUAACUUGCCAAAGGAGCUACACGAGAAAUACAACAAGUGGGGCAAGGACGGAUAUUAGAUUAGAGGGACAAACAUAGGUGGUGGUGGGGUUGAUUGCAAGACCAGACAGUUGUAUAUAAGCGGAAGAGGUUAUUUGCUGCAUUGAACUCUCAUUGUUAGACCUGGGGACAACUUUCUGGUUUGCGUAAUUGCUUAGAUGGAACUCUCGUGAAAUGUCAAAAUCUUUCCACAGCAACUCGUUCGCAGACAACUAACCCAUAAUCCAAUGUCCCAUGCCUAUGGAUGAUCAGUAAAAUUCAUGGUUGCGAAGAUUGUUACAGCAAGCAUUCACAUCACUAGGGAUACACCUGGGUGCAAUAUAAAGUUCAGCCUUACGACGAAGUUCCACCA